UAAAAUUAGUGCAAUAUUUUAAUGUGUAGUUAUGUUUCCCCUCCAUGUUCACAUUAACUUGUUCAUGAGGAGAAUGUACUAGUCUUAUGAUGAAAAUUAUGUUCUACAGAACUAAUGGUAUGGUGUUUCUCUUGUAAAAUGUUCAAUUUGUACAUAAUUAUCACUUUGCUAUUUGUGAUAAUCUGAAAUUUUUAAUUUCCAAAAUAGAAAAGGAAGCAGAAUCCUAUUGUAACACAGUUAACCAAACAUUUGUAACAAAUCAUUGAAAAAAAAAGACCAGUGAUAUGAUUCUUCUUGUAAACAUGUGACAUUUUUAGCAUUCAUUUACUUUGUAAAAUGAAGAAGCAUUUUAAUUCAAUUUUUAAAUUUAUAUUAUAAUUGAAAGUAUUUCAAGUAUGUAAAAUAUGCUAAAGAAAUAUCAUCAUAUAAAGUUCUUAUAGUUGAAAUUAAAAGGAAAUAACUGUACCUAAGCCAGUUAGAUUUACAGUUUAAUAAUUAAUUAAAUAAUAGUAGUUGGUCUGGCAGCCCAUUAUCACACCUGUGUAGGACCAGCACAAACACCUUUUGACCUCAGUCAAUUACCCGUAAUUAGGCCUGCCUAUCAGUGUCUCCUAUCAUUACUGUGUCAUCAUUUGAUUGGUCCACUGUUUAAUUGAGAUAGUAUCUGUACUCCAUGUGAAAGAGAGUAAGACUUACUGAGUGGAAGAGUAUUAUUGUAAGGUGUGGUGUAUAUACAUAUCCUCAGGACAGUUUACAGACAGUGUCUUCUAAAUUCCUUAAUCUGAAUCAUUCAACAGGAAGUAUACAAAUGUGAUAGGUUGUUAUAGCUUUAUAUGAAAAUCCAGUGAUCAGUGUGUAACUGUUUUUAUAGUUUUUGUAAUUGUGAUUUUAAUUUGUGAAUGACAUAAAUGAAAAGUGCAAUGGAGGCUGGUGAAAGUGGACUUUAUAAUGGAUGUUCUGAUAAUCCUUCAACCCAUAAUGGACAUCUAACAUCAAUGAGUAAUACUGCAUUGACAUCACAGUCAAGGAUGUACCCACAGACCUGCCAGUCAUUCUCAGGGGGGCUGUACCCAACUUCCAGUCAGUCACACGAAGGUGUGUAUUCAUCUGCCAGUAUCCAGUCUCACAGUGGAUUCCCGCCCCAAUAUCCCCCCACCAGCCAGGGGGUGGAGUAUCCGUUCUUUCCACCUCCAUUCCUUAUUUCACAACCUCCAGGAAUGGAGAGAUACCCGAGCCAGCAUUCUCAGUAUAAUGGAGAACAAUACCCUCCAAUAAACUUCUACCAAUCACAGCAGACCGAUUAUCCUUCACACAGCUUGAAUGGAAUCCAAGAGUUCAAGCCAGAACCUAGUACCUACCUGAGAGAUGACAUAGAAAAUCUUCCCGUCAUGUAUAGUGAGCCAAAUCAGCAACCAGAUAAUCUGCACACGUCCGAGUCUUCUUAUAGUGGUUCUCCAAAUAGCAAUGAUUCUCCAGUUCAGGAUACAAGUUAUGUUCCAAGGGAAAUCUCCAACCAGAUGGAGUUUCAGAGAGCACUUUUACCUCACAAGGAAUCUAGAUCACAUGACAUGCCUCUGUCUAGUUCAACUGGUCCAGCUGAUGUUUUCUGUCUCGUGGAUGGACGUCUUUCUCUACUUAGCAGUACCUCAAAAUACAAAGUCACAGUCGCAGAGAUCCAAAGAAGGUUAUCAGCACCAGAGUGUCUCAAUGCAUCACUUCUGGGAGGUGUUCUCAGAAGGGCAAAGUCCAAAGAUGGUGGCAAGAACCUACGAGAGAAGCUGGAUAAGAUUGGCUUGGCUCUACCAGCAGGGAGAAGAAAGUCAGCACCGGUGACACUUCUGACAUCUGUAGUGGAGGGGGAAGCCAUUCGCCUAGCUCGUGAUUUUGGAUAUUUAUGUGAAACCGAAUUUCCGUCAAGACAAUGUGCCAAGUAUAAUGUUCAAAAGUAUCAUAGCAACAUUCCUGAAGAACAGAUGGCAAGAAAAAACAUGAUCAUUGCCUCAAAACAGAUUUUAAAAGAAUUCAUGGACAUUUUGAAUCAAGAUCGUUCCCCUAUUGGGAACUCCAGACCCCAGAAUAUUUUGGACCCAGAAAUCCAGAAUCCUCUGACCCGUUUCAGUAUGAUUUGUCACGGAUUUGGGUCUCCUGCUAUUGUGGCGUCACUGGCUACUGUACAAACUUAUCUCACAGAAAUGCUGAAACACAUGGAUAAAGACUUCCCAACAGGGACAAAGGAAUAAUGACAGUAACAAAGAAUUAAGUGCUUAAUAUUUGUUUUCUCAAUAUCUGUUGAUUUUUUUUAACAAUGGAGAAUUUAAAAUUCUUAUCUACCUUAAUGCUGCAUAUGUAACAUAAGCAUUCAGUGAUAUUUUACCAAUAUUACUUGUAUUGUACACUGAUUCUGACUGAUGGUGAAUUAUAUUUUUUGUACCUAGUUACAGUAAGUGUGGCCAAAGAUUGAUGUUACAAAAUAUAGAAUGCUGUUUAGAAUGUGUUUAAAGCUUGACAAUAUGUUUUUGCACAAUGAUUGAUAUUUAUUUCUUAUUUUAAAAUGAUCUGUUAUAUGAA